GCAACCAAGGCCAAUAUGGCGGCGCUUAUAGUUUGCAGCAGCUGACCGUGUUGUGUUUAGACUAUUAUUCAUUUGUGCCAGUGCUCUACCAUAUUUUGUUUGUUUUUGUCAUUGUUUAGUGUAAAUGUUGUUAUUUAUUAAAGUCAAACUUUAAUUUGCUUUUAAAGGACACAGCUAGUGAGUCCAAAAAACUGCUCAACGAGGAAAAAGCAAAGAAUAGUGCAAAAUUGAAUGACGAUGAAUUAAUUUUACGCCGUAAAAAGCAGAACGCCGACAGAGCUGCUUAUAGAAAAGGGGAAAAAGGUCUUGAUACCAUGUCCAGUACUAGUACCGUUCAAAGUGGUGAGCCUGUACCUGAAAAUAUUGUUACAGCAAAACUUUUAAAUCAAAAGCAACUAAACGCGGAACGAUGCCGCAGAUAUCGUCAAAAAUGCAAGCAGCUAAAAUCGGGUGCCAAUGACACAGGUAGUGAGUCCAAAAAACUGAUCAACGAGGAAAAAGCAAAGAAUAGUGCAAAAUUGAAUGACGAUGAAUUAAGUUUACGCCGUAAAAAACAGAACGCCGACAGAGCACGUGCUUAUAGAAAAAGGAAAAAAUGUCUUGAUGCCAUGCCCAGUACUAGUACCGUUCAAAGUGGUGAGCCUGUAUCUGAAAAUAUUGUUACAGCAAACCUUUUAAAUCAAAAGCAACUAAAUGCGGAACGUUGCCGCAGGUAUCGUCAAAAAUGCAAGCAGCUAAAAUCGGGUGCCAAUAGUGUUGUGGAGAGUACAUUAGCAAGAAUUGAAAGACCAUGUAAAAAAGCACUACCUGCAGUAGCUAUUGCUACUCAAUCUAUUCAAACAAACACAAAUUCCAUUGGGGAAAUAAAUCCAGGCCGAAGUAAUACUAUGCCUAUGAAUUUUGACAUUAAGGUAGAACCACAGAAUGUUGACGAGAUUACAAUGGGAAUACAGCAUGAAAUAAUAAGUUUGAGGGAAAUAGUGAAAAAAUCGACUGAAAUUUAUCUUCAAUCUUAUAAUAUUUGUGAUAAAAUACUACAUGGACAGGUCCUCAACACAUGCAAACCGGACGUAAAAGUAUUCGUAAAAACGCCCCACGAUAAACUAUUAGACCGAGCAUUCACACAAUGGUGCGAUUGGGCCUCCCUCACAGAGGAGCCCAAAGAUCCGCCGUUAUUCUACAAAUGCUACAUCUGCGAUAUUGCGUGGUGGCACUUGGCCCACUUCCGCGACCACAUACGAACCCACGAGCCUUCGAGCCUCUGCGUCGCUCUAGAAAUUAAUGACAACGGCGAGUGCAAUAUUGUCGCUUACUACAGAAAAUCGGCGAACAAGUACAUCGCGAACAUAGAAGGGAAAUGCUGGAAAUGCGGCGAAAAUGCGUUCGAACAUACGAAAUUGAAGAACUGUGUCGGAUGUAAGAAACGGUUCUCCACAUGCAGCAAGCUACGCCAACACCAGUGGUACUGCGAGGGGUUCAAAAAGAUGCACCUAGAACUUUUCGCCUCAGCUGAGAAGAUAUUUAAAUGUCACCUGUGUCGGUUUUACUUUUUCAAAACGGAAGACAUUAAAGAACACAUGAUACUGCGGCAUUCUGUGCGGUCCGAUGUGCCCAUACCGGGCUGUGCUGUUUGUGAGAAGUGUAAAGACCUGGUGUCAUAUAAUGAUGAUCAUGUUUGUGAAUCUAAAAAGUAUGUUAAGACGUGUGGUGCGUGCAAGAAAAGGCUCACCAAAAGCAGUGCUGCAGUCCAUCAGAUAGAAGGGAACGUCAUCUGCUCUGUAUGCAAUGUGAAAAUAGUAAAGAGUUGUGCAACACAUCUCCACGCACUUCGUCAUACGAUGAACUAUGGAUUGGCGUACAAGUGUCUCACCUGUCAUUUUUUUAUAAUCUUUGACUUGGAACAGAUUCAAAAACACAAAAUGUUUUAUCAUUCCAAUCGCGAUUUUGAUUAUGAUCUUAUUUCCGUCCCAAAAACCAUAGAGGAUAGAUUAAAAUCUACGCCAGCCAAACAUGAUUCACCGGUUGAUAGUCAAAUAAAUAAUUUCCUAUUGUCUCAUGAUACUCAAGAUAUGAUAUAUGAUAGAGAUGAUGAUGAUGAUGUCAUCAUCAUUGAUAAAGUACCUGAAGUUAUUGUUAUACCAUCUGAUGACGCACCUAACGAUGAUCUCCCUUGUGUCAUUGCUAAUAUUAAAUCCGAACCACUUGAAAACGAAAUACAAACAUCUAAAACAAAACAUACUGUUACACCACAAAAUGAUUUUGAAUGUAAAAUGAUGGUAACCCAAUUACCUAAAGACACAAAAGACGUAUUUGAAUGCCUAUCAGAUGGAAAUAGAAUUAAUGAUGAUAAAGUAUUAAGUAUUGAUGAAAUUAAAAGGGAACCUAAUAGUGAACUGAAUGUCGCCAUGGAAUCUACAUUUGGAAUUAUAAAUACACAAAGUUUGACGACAAAUAAUGUAAAUAAAGUUACUAAUAUAAAAAAUUUUAUACCUAAAACUAAACAGACUCUGCUAACCGACGUUUCACGAAAUUCAGAAUCAGAUGUGAAAAUCGAAGUUAUAAAAAUUGAGGAAGAGAAACUAAUGAGAGUAGACCUAAGUAAUAUACAAUUGAAUGAACAGAAACGAAAAGAAGGUAGACCGGCGGAUAUGUCCAAUAAUUUAGAACAAAUUACUCCAAAAGAAUCUGAAGUUUCAGAACCGUUAAAGGUAGAAAAAAAUGUAGAGACAUUUGUCGAAAUCGAUAUCCCAUGGGACACUGUUCCAAUAAAGGAAGAAGCUGAUCCGGAAAUGGAUUUCAAAUUAUCGGAUAUCAGAAGGAUAUAUCAUGUCGAUGUUGUUAAUGUCGGUGAAAACAAAAUAGAUGUUAAGCAAAAAAUUAAUGAAUUUGAUUCCACCGGACAAAGUGAGAACUGGCACCAAGACAGCUUUCCUUUCUCGCAUUUCAUCACCAUCACACCGAAUGUAGCCUUAAAUACCGAUGAUGAAAGUAACCGAACACAGAGGAAGAAGGAAAUAGAAGAAAAACUUAAAGAGAUAAAAAGAAAAAGAAAUCGUGAACGUCAAAGGGCAUAUUAUCACCGUCAGAAAGAAUUGAAGAAAAAUGAAAAAGAAAGAAGAAAAAAAGAAACUGCCCCCAAAUCAAAUGCUGAACGUCAAAGGAAAUUUCGUCAACGUAAUGCAGAAAAAUCUUACGUGGAUAUUAUGAAAAGACAAAAAUUGGACAGUAAUGAAGAUAAUGUCUUGCAAUGUAGGGCUGUUGAAAAUGUAACGCUACAACAAAGUCAAUUUCACAGCCAACAACUUCAAAUUUAUGAACAGUGUAAUAAAUGCAUUACCCCCGAAGUUAUUCUUAACAGGAACACAGAAAUUCGUGGCGAUGGUAAUUGUCUAUUCCACUCGCUCAUAAGUGUUUUGCACCUUCAAAUUAAGACUUGUGACUUGAGAAAUCAGUUACGCGAUUCACCCUAUUUAAACUCUUGUCACAAUCCGAAAGAAGCAUAUAAAAUUCUAUCAAGCACUAAUGAUUACGGAGAUUUGGAUUGUUUGUACUUAUUUUCAAAAAUGUACAAUCAAAAUGUUUGUGUACAUUAUUGUUAUUACAACAUAACUACAAAUAAUCAAGACACUAUCUUUUGUCAUUUUAAAGCGAAUGACACACAAAACUGGAUUCAUCUUCAUCUUCGUGAACAACAUUUCACACCUUUUUAUUUAUCGGGGACAAUACAAGAGGCUAACCAAAAUGAAGCCCAUGUUGAUGCCAAUAUUCAACUAUUGCGUGACAAUGAUGAAGAUCCUACCGAAGAUAACCAAAACAAUCGUGAAGAUGAAAUUGAGAUUGAUAGAGAAGAUCGAAUUGGUGAAAAUAUUAUGGAUUUUAUUGUUGAUGGUACUAUUCCAGUUUACAAGAAUUAUCGUAAACAUAGUACAAGUCAUAUCGAUUUUUAUAAAGACUUUACGAGUAAUUCGUUUGGUCAUUCUUGUAUUAUUUGCGACAGACUAUGGUGGAAAAGAGACUUGAAAAUGUCGACCAGUAAGCAUGAGAAUAUUCUGAAAACAAUACUGCAGAAUUACACACCUGGUGAAAUCGUUCAAGUCUGCUCGACGUGUUAUACAUCAUUGGAAAAAGGAAAAAUUCCUCUCAUGUCAACCUACAAUGGUUUUUCAUAUCCGAAAAUUCCAUCACAUUUACCAACGUUAAACCUUAUCGAGCAACGAUUGAUUUCACCGACAAUACCGUUCACGCAAAUUCGUAGACUGAGACACGUUAAUGGUCAGAACGAUAUUUAUGGCCAGGUAAUUAAUGUUCCUGUGGAAUUUAAUACGAUGGUGAAACAAUUGCCAAGAAACAUUCAAGAUGAUCAUAGCUUUUAUGUGAAUUUAAAAAAGAAGUUGAUUCACAAAACUAGUUAUGUCCUCGGGCUUAUUAAUAAGAGCCAUAUUAAAGAGUGGUUGUCGUAUUUAUUAUCUACGCCUCUUUAUAUUUAUCAUGACAUUAAAAUUGAUGAAUCUUUUUUUACCGGUAAUGAACGUUCUUCGCAAUUGAAUAUGGAUGAAAUAAGUGAACAUCUGCCAAUUGAAGACAAUUUAGUUGCGCAGCAACAAACUCUUUUGUGGAAUAAUGAUUGGUUUUUGAGUCUUGCACCCGGUGAAUAUAACAGGCCAGUCAGUAUUUUAAUGGAUGAACAUGUGGAAGAACUAUCUUUUCCGACAAUCUACGGCGGUCAGUUUCGAAUAUACAGAGAUGGUGUUACUGUUACUCCAUUCAUGCAAGCUACCAGCGAACUUCGGCGUACUGAUAGGCGUGCUACUGACCCGCAACAUCUUUUAUACAUCGCUGCUAAAAUCAUGAGGUUGCGAGUUAGUGGAUGUCUGAACGUUGCGUUUAAGCAUGUUGGACAAGGUACUUCAAUUACGAAGGAGACCAUUCAAUCUGAAGAAUAUAUAAAUAAUUGUUUAGAAACAAAUCUCGCAUUUCUUCGCUACGUACCAAAUUCUGCUUGGUUUUGGUCAGAUCGCAAAAAAGACCUUUUUGCAAUGAUCAGGCAAUUAGGGCCACCAACUGCUUUUAUGAAUCUAAGCGCCAAUGAAACUGGCUGGGAAAAUUUGUUGAAAUUGUUGUACAAAUUGAAAAACGAGGGAGCGGAAAUUUCAGAUGAGUAUUUAGCAGAAAUGAGUUAUGUGCAUAAAGCUCAACUUGUGAAUGAAGAUGCCGUUACUUGUGCUAUUUAUUUUAAUAAAAUGGUAAAUUGUCUGUUAAAAGUUUUGCAAUCAAAGAAAAGAACUCCAUUCGGAAAAUAUAGAGUAGUACAUUAUUUUAAAAGAACAGAAUUUCAACAUUGUGGUAGCCCACAUGCUCAUAUUCUUCUUUGGUUGGAAAAUGUUCCUAAAGAUUUAUCAAGCAAUGAUCCUGAAGUUAUUAAAUUAAUCGACGAAUUAGUUUCUGUGUCUGCGUCAGAGGCGUCUGGAAAUAUAAAACUAGUAACACACAAACACACAUUCACGUGUUAUAAAAACAUGAAUCCUAAUGAAAAGCAAGAAUGUAGAUUUGGUGCACCAUUUAUGCCAACAAAAAAAACUAUUUAUUUGAAACCUAUGAAAGACACUGAUCUGGAUUAUUCACAAGCACUUUUCAAAGAAUAUAAGAAACAAUUUAAAUUUAUAAGAAAAAGUCUCGAAAAUUUUGACUACACGAAUUUUGAUGAAUUUUACUCGCAUAAUGAUAUUAUUUCUGAUGAUCAUUACUACAAUAUUAUUCGUUCUGGAAUCAAUAGACCAACAUUAUUCUAUAAAAGGACACCAGCAGAAAAAUGGCACAACACUUUCAAUCCAUUCGUAUUACAUCAUUUGAAAUCGAACAUGGAUUUUCAGAUUAUACUAGAUGAAUAUGCUUGUGCAACAUAUGUUGUUGAAUAUAUCAAUAAGCAUAAUAGAGGGAUUAGUAAUUUGCAAAGACAAAUAAUUGACAUAAUGGACGAGCAUCCAGAAUUCGGCAUUGUCGAUAUUACGAAAAAAAUUAGUAUCGACAUACUUCGGUCUGUUAAAAUGCCGGCACAAGAAGCUGCUUGGUAUUUAUUAAGAGAACCUAUGGCUAAGUCAUCAGCAGUGACAGUCUACAUUCCAACGGUAUUUCCUACUGAACGCGCAAGAAUUAGAAAAUCUAUGAAGGAACUUGAAGCUAUAGAUGAUGAUUGUACGAACGUUUGGAAAGAGAAUUGGUUCGAUAAGUACGAGAAAAGACCUGAAGAACUUCGCGAUGUUACGUUAGCACAAUUUGUUGCAAAAUAUUACCUGAAUAAAAAGUGGAUCUACACUAAAAGAGAUACUGCAAGAAUAAUAAGAUACAGGAACUACGAUAUGGCUGACAAUUACAAUGAUUAUAGGCGUGAGAUGGUUCUGUUGCAUGUUCCUUUUCAAAGUGAAGAAAAUGAUAUUAUUGCUGAAAAUAAGUUCAUUCAAAUAUACGAGGACAACAAAGAUACGAUAUUAGAACGUAGGAAAGAAUUUGAAUCAAAUUUGGAUAUAGAGAAAACUUUAGAAAUUUGUAGACAGUUGUGCCGAGAAAACGAUGAAGAACAACAAGAAGACGAAGAAUUAUUGAUAAAUUGCAUGAAAGAGAUCCUUAUGACUGGAGGGCAGUUGAAAAUAUAGAAAAUGUAACGCUACAAGAAAAUCAAUUUCACAGCCAACAACUUCAAAUUUAUUAACAGCGUAAUGAAUGCAUUACUCCCGAAGUUAUACUAAACAGGAACACAGGAAUUCCUGGCGAUGGUAAUUGUCUAUUCCACUCGCUCAUAAGUGUUUUGCACCUUCAAAUUAAGACUUGUGACUUGAGAAAUCAGUUACGCGACCUUAUUUAAACUUUUGUCACAAUCCGAAAGAAGCAUAUAAAAUUCUAUCAAGCACUAAUGAUUACGGAGAUUUGGAUUGUUUGUACUUAUUUUCAAAAAUGUAUAAUCAAAAUGUGAGUGUACAUUAUUGUUUUUACAACAUAACUACAAAUAAUCAAGAUACUAUCUUUUGUCAUUUUAAAGCGAUAUUUAGAUGAUACACAAAACUAACAAUCAUGAAAAUGAAAUUGAGAUUGAUAGAAAAGAUAGAAUUGGUGAAAAUAUUAUGGAUUUUAUUGUUGAAUAGUACCAUUCCAGUUUACAAAAAUUAUCUUAAACACAGUACAAGUCAUAUUGAUUUUUAUAAAGACUUUACGAGUAAUUCGUUUGGUUAUUCUUGUAUUAUUUGCGACAGACUAUGGUGGACAGAGGCUUGAAAAUGUCGACCAGUAAGCAUGAGAGUAUACUGAAAACAAUACUGCAG